AUGCUUCGGAGUCUGCUGUUUUCCGGCCCCGGCAGGGCCCGGUCGUUGGCGGCUUCAAAUAGAACGGCUCUACGUUCCCUGAAGCAGUCACCGGCGUACCGCCUCACUCCCUUAGCAGCGAGAAGAUUCCAGCAUUCCGGCCCGCAAAACGACGGCCCCGACAACAACCACAAUAAAGACAAGGAAAAGGACGGCAAAAAGUCCAAAAACGAUCGCAAUCGGGAGGAGUUCAAAACACUCGGCGAGUAUCUCAAGUCCAAGCAAUUCGCCAAAACCGUUUAUCUAACCGUUGGAUUUACCUUCAUCUUCAACCUGCUGACGUCCCCGACGUCCGACACCCACGAGGGGCCUACCUUGACUUUCCAGGAGUUUAAAACCAAAUACCUGGAAAAGGGCCUGGUCAAGAAAAUUUAUGUUAUCAACAAACAAUUUGUCGAAGCGGAGCUCUUACCACAAGCGGCGAAUGCGCUCGGUUCGGGCAACGGAUUUUUCGCAAGGCCGAAUAAUGCUCCCGUUGUCGGGUUUUCCAUAGGUUCUGUGGACGUUUUCGAGCAGCAGAUCGAUGAAGUGCAAGACAAGCUGCAGAUCUCACCGGAUGAACGCAUCCCCGUGAUGUACGUCGAAAAGGCAUCUAUCUUGCAAUACCUAUUUCCAUUCAUCCCAACAAUCAUCCUGUUAGGUGGCUUGUAUUUCAUCACGCGCCGUGCUUCAGGUUCCAUGGGUGGUGCUGGUGGCGGUGGUCCCAUGGGCGGUAUGUUCGGAGUCGGAAAGUCUAAGGCAAAGCUUUUCAACAAGGAAACAGAUAUUAAGGUCAAAUUUAAAGAUGUUGCCGGUUGUAACGAAGCUAAAUCGGAAAUCAUGGAGUUUGUCCACUUUUUACAAAAACCGGACAAGUAUCGGGCCCUUGGAGCCAAGAUUCCUCGUGGGGCCAUUCUCUCUGGUCCACCAGGUACAGGUAAGACUUUAUUAGCCAAAGCUACUGCAGGUGAGGCCGGUGUGCCAUUUCUAUCUGUUUCAGGUUCUGAAUUUGUAGAGAUGUUUGUCGGCGUUGGGGCAUCCCGUGUCAGAGAUUUAUUUGAGAACGCAAGAAAGAUGGCUCCAGCCAUCAUUUUUGUCGACGAAAUCGAUGCGAUUGGCAAAGAAAGGGGCAAAGGUGGUGCCAUGGGCGGGUCUAACGAUGAACGUGAGGCUACGCUUAACCAACUCUUAGUUGAGAUGGAUGGUUUUAGUACCAACGAUCAGGUUGUCGUCUUAGCAGGUACCAAUAGACCCGAUGUAUUGGACCCUGCGCUUUUGAGGCCUGGUCGAUUUGAUCGCCACAUUCAAAUUGAUGCACCUGAUGUCGAGGGCAGAAAGGCCAUAUAUCAAGUUCAUUUGAAAAAACUGAAUUUGAGCCCAAAAUUUGGCAAUCCAUCUGAGAAAGAACUACUAGCAGGAAAGCUUGCCGCCCUCACGCCUGGUUUCGCAGGUGCUGACAUUGCAAAUGCCUGUAACGAAGCAGCUUUGAUUGCGGCAAGGCACCAGGACCCAUUUGUUAAACUAUCACACUUUGAACAGGCCAUCGAACGAGUUAUUGCCGGCUUAGAAAAGAAGUCCCGUGUGCUCUCUCCUGAAGAAAAGAAAACUGUGGCUUAUCAUGAAGCUGGACAUGCUGUUUGCGGAUGGUACUUACAACACGCCGACCCACUGUUAAAAGUCAGCAUCAUCCCGCGCGGCCAGGGGGCUUUGGGAUAUGCUCAGUACUUACCCCCUGAUCAGUACCUCAUCACACAAGAACAGUUUCAGCACAGAAUGGUGAUGGCACUUGGUGGAAGAGUUUCGGAAGAACUUCACUUUCCUUUUGUAACGAGCGGGGCACAUGACGAUUUCAAGAAAGUAACUAACAUGGCACAAUCCAUGGUCACUAGGUUAGGUAUGUCUCCGUCGAUUGGUUACGUUGCAUACGAUCAAGGUGCCGAUGGUGUCCAGGUCAACAAACCUUUCAGCGAGAAAACCGCACGCAAAAUUGACCUCGAGGUUAAAAGCAUUGUAGAUCGAGCACAUCAACAAUGUAAGGAACUUUUGACAGAACACCUACAAAAGGUAGAUGAUGUUGCUCAAGAACUACUGCGUAAAGAGGUUAUAACAAGGGAAGACAUGAUAAGGCUGCUAGGCCCAAGGCCAUUCCCAGAACGCAAUGAGGCAUUUGAGAAGUACCUCAACCCCAAGAACGACAAUGACACGAUUGUUAAUGCAUGA